GACCCUUCGACUCUGCUGGCGGGCGCCGGCAAGUGGCGCCCGAACAGGGACCUGAGAGUAAGGAACCGGUGAAGGACGUUGUGGAAGGGAUGCGUCCGAGAACAAAAGAGCAAAUCCAGAACCAGCUGGACCACCUAAAAAGAGUGAAAGACUUAAAGAAGAGGCGCCGGGCACAGGGGGAGCAGGCGCGAGCUGAACUCUUGAGCCUGACCCAGAUGGAGAGGGAGAAGAUCAUUUGGGAGUUUGAGCAGCUGUAUCACGCCUUGAAGGAGCAUGAGUACCGCCUUUUGGCCCGCCUUGAGGAGCUAGACUUGGCCAUCUAUAACAGCAUCAACGGUGCCAUCACCCAGUUCUCCUGCAACAUCUCUCAGCUCAGCAGCCUGAUCGCCCAGCUGGAAGAGAAGCAGCAGCAGCCCACCAGGGAGCUCCUGCAGGACAUCGGGGACACACUGAGCAGGGCUGAAAGAAUUAGGAUCCCUGAACCUUGGAUCACACCUCCAGAUCUGCAAGAGAAAAUCCAUAUUUUUGCCCAAAAAUGUCUGUUUAUGACUGAAAGUCUGAAGCAGUUCACAGAAAAAAUGCAGUCAGAUAUGGAGAAAAUCCAAGAAUUAAGAGAAGCUCAAUUAUACUCAGUGGAUGUGACGCUGGACCCAGACACGGCCUACCCCAGCCUGAUCCUCUCUGACAACCUGCGGCAAGUGCGGUACAGUUACCUCCAGCAGGACCUGCCCGACAACCCCGAGCGCUUCAACCUGUUUCCCUGUGUCUUGGGCUCUCCGUGCUUCAUCGCCGGGAGGCAUUACUGGGAGGUCGAGGUGGGAGAUAAAGCCAAGUGGACCAUAGGUGUCUGUGAAGACUCAGUGUGCAGAAAAGGUGGGGUGACCUCCGCCCCCCAGAAUGGAUUCUGGGCGGUGUCCUUGUGGUAUGGGAAGGAGUACUGGGCUCUGACCUCCCCGAUGACUGCCCUUCCCCUGCGGACCCCCCUCCAGCGGGUGGGGAUUUUCUUGGACUACGAUGCUGGUGAGGUCUCCUUCUACAACGUGACAGAGAGGUGUCACACCUUUACGUUCUCUCACGCCACCUUCUGUGGGCCCGUCCGGCCCUACUUCAGCCUGAGUUACUCAGGAGGGAAGAGCGCAGCUCCUCUGAUCAUCUGCCCCAUGAGUGGCAUCGAUGGGUUUUCUGGCCAUGUUGGGAAUCACGGCCAUUCCAUGGAGGCCUCCCCUUGAGCUGAACACGGCCAGAAGGGCUGUUGGCCAGGAUGCCACCCCGGGCAGAAGGGGUCUUGUUGCCUUGCCACUUACCAUGCCCCUGAGGGGGAGGCAGGAUGCCCACGUUCUCUGGCUUCCUCUC